AUGGGUUUCAGAGAAAAGGACCACAAGCUGAAAACUUUCCACUCCAUCGAACCAAUCGCUUUUCGUAUGUCCUUUCAUGGUAAAGUACAUCUAGUCAUGAACACGGAAAUACGCAGCAAAGACCUUGUUAUUCAAAGACCCAGCUACUCUCUGACAGUCACCAUCAGACCAUCAGACCACCAGAUGGACAGGCUGUGUGUUGCUCUGAUUGCAUUCUUAUGUGAGUAACUUGUUUUACUGGGCCUUAUAGCUGGAUGAUAGCUGAUUUCUUAUGUGGUUUUAUAGUUGACUAGAUUUGUUAUCUUAUGAUUCUGAUAUUGUGGUAAAGACAUGUUUUACAUGUGGAGAAGUUUAUGAUAUCAAAGUGAUAUUCUGUGAUUCAUCCAAACACUGUUCCUCUGCUACCUGUAGGUGCUGUUUCCUCCAGUCAGUUCAUCCAAACACUGUUCCUCUGCUACCUGUAGGUGCUGUUUCCUCCAGUCAGUUCAUCCUAACACUGUUCCUCUGCUACCUGUAGGUGCUGUUUCCUCCAGUCAGUUCAUCCUAACACUGUUCCUCUGCUACCUGUAGGUGCUGUUUCCUCCAGUCAGUUCACCCUAACACUGUUCCUCUGCUACCUGUAGGUGCUGUUUCUUCCAGUCAGGAUGGGAUCUCUGCAGCAGAGGUGGAGCUGAGAGUCAGACCAGGAGACAACAUCACUCUCUGUAGUGACUGUAGAACAACACUUGGAAUGUACACUGUUUGGUUCAGGAACUGCUCUCAUGAGCACCAGCCUCCUCUAGUUGUUACAUAUUAUAACCAUUCGUCGUCUCAUUUCCUAAAUCCUCUCCCUCGGUAUAUGAUGUUAUGGAACCGAUCUAGUCAGUCCUAUGAUCUACUGAUUGAGAACAUCACUGGAUCUGACCUGGGACUCUACUACUGUGGGACUAAGGAGGUAUUAAACAGAAAGAGGUCUAUCACUAUGGACAUGUCAUGA